AUGAUUGUACGUGGAUCACUUUGUAGAAGUGAGUUCAAUGUAGUAGCAUCCAGUGUAGGCUGGUCUAUCGCUUCAUUAGUAGCCACAAGAUAUGUCCCGAUUUGGUUUGGCACGCGUGGACUAGAAUUCGACUGGAAAUAUUUGUGUUUGAGUUACGAAGCAAACUUAGAUUUGGUUGAUACAUUUGCGAUGUUUUAUUCUGUUUGGUUACUGUCACGUCGCUCAGGCCCUAUUUGGAGCACUCUAUUGGGCCUUCUCACCGUUAUGGCGGGGCCAGCUAAAAGUAUACUCUAUGCAUUAUUAUCCCACGAAAUUGAGAACAUCUUCGUAACACUCGCGAUAAAAACAAUCAUUUGCAUUAUCUUUGGAAUUACAACUAUGAUAAUACGAUUACAAAGACAUACUGAUCGAAGUGAAACCCGGGAAUCGCAAGGAUUAUUCACCAUUAUUCGUUUGUUAUAUCAGUUGAUAACGGGACGAUACAUAUGUGCGUACAAAAGUCGAGACUCAAAAUCCAGCUCAUCAGUGUUUCUCAAAAAUGUAAAAUGA